UCACCGCAAAACACAUCUGUUCUCUAUAUGUCCUUUCACGUGUCCUUCUGCAUAUCAAUCUCAUCUCAGCUCUGCUUUUGCUCAUCGCUAUAAAACCCACCGGUCACUCAGGCGCUCAGGACGCGUCUCUGCUUGAAUAACCUCCACUCGCCGCUGUCAUGCUGGAAACACACUGCUGCUGUGGAUUUGCAAAAUUGGAGGAAUGAUGAAUGAAUAAACACAGCGUGGAUACUCGACAAACCCUGUGCAUUAAACCGUCUGCAGUUUUCUUCAAUCAGCCGUCAAUAACAAGCGUUCAAGACGGAGAGCGCAGAGGAGCACAGAGGGAGAAUCCGCGCCAACAUGAAGGAACGGGACUUUAUGCCAAACAUGGAAAGGGGCAAACCGGCGACAUACACAGGAGACAAAAAAGCUAAAAUGGCUGCUAAAACCAAUAAAAAGUGGGUGAGACUGGCUACUGUAUUCGCAUAUGUCUUGUCGGUGUCGUUGGCUGCUAUAAUACUGGCUAUUUAUUACAGUUUGAUAUGGAAACCAACGUCUGCUUCAGUGUCUGGACGGUCCGAUGUUUUAAUGACGACUACAGUUUUGGCUAUAAGCACAAGUAACAUCUCAGUAAGUGACGUGUCUACUACUAACAAGGUGAAUAAUAUAUCACUGGUUAGCCCGAAAUCAACACAAACAACAUACGACCUGUCUACUUCUCAAAUGCAUUGGGGUGAUAAAAAAGGUCAUGAAGGCCUUCUUGAUAACCCCACAACAAAAAUGAAGAACACUGACCAAGCAGAGACAUCUGCCUCAACGCACAUUCACAGUAAAUCAGGACUUUUCAGUACAGCUAAAGUUAGCCAUGUGUCAAAAACUAGCGUUCUAGUAGCAGGAGAGUCAAGUGAACCUUCUUUGGCACAUGGUGCCACAUCAUUUUCCAAACAAACCGUCUAUGGCAGUUCUGAACAUGAUGCCAGGAAGAAUUGGGGUUUAGCCUCUCCCACAACUGAUCAGGCAUCCUGGACAAGCUACAGUGCAGAACCUGAUGUCUCCUCUUUGACAGAACGUGGUCUGGAAUUAAUGGAGGGCUCGUCUCCGUUGCAGGAGGAGUUGGUUACCAAGGACACAGAGAAUCCAAUUGGUGUGUGACACCAGAUUAUUUGUGUGGCACGUAAUUAUAUGACAUUAGAGGCGAUGACUGGGCAGAGAAGAAAAAAACAGCAACAGCGAAUGUGAUUCUUCAUGCAGUUUCUAUUUGUUUUGUUUCUUUUUCAAGGACAGAAACUGAGUUGACCCUGCCUGUUAUGGAAAGCUCUUAUACAUUAUAGAGUGCAAUAGUUUGGGUUCCAGAAGUAAAUAUCCCAUUAUUUUCUGAGUAGUAGGAUUUAUUUUGAAUGUGUAAACCUUUCAUUGAAAAAGAUAGAUCUACUGUGAGCUAAAAGGUUGUGUGUAUUUUAUUGCAGCAUUAUUGCAUUAUUGUUAACCGAUUCUUUAGGCUGUGUACACACUGUGGCUUAAUUCCUUUGUCAGUUCAGCUUUUAGUGCUGAAUUGUCUUCUGUACAUACAGUUCAGAUAUUUACAAGAGUAACAACUGCAUUCUACAAUCAAAUUAACUCCAGAAAACUGCAGGUAAAGUAUAUCACUACACUUCGUUUACAAACAUUCUGUGUAGUCCACCAGAACACAGUGUAAAAAGUCACAUCUCAACACACCAGGAAACAAGGUAUUAUCUUGUCUCAUUAAUGUUGCCAGACAUUGCUUAAAAAUGUAUAAAAUAUGAACAAGGAUACACUAAACUUCAACCUAAACUGUUUAUCAUGGAAAUAAGCCACAUAUACAAAAUAUCAGAAUCUGCACCUGCCUACUUUUUUAAUCAGCACAUGAAGCUCUUUAGUGCUCAAUUCAAUCGUGGAUAUCAUAGUUUCCCUAUAUAAUCUCAAAUGACUUAAACAUUGAAUAUAUUUAUAUAAAUAUAUUUAUUUUUAUUUUAAAUCAAAGUACAUGAAGUCAUGAUUCUUUUCAAAGCUGUUUGGAUUGGUUUCUUUAAUUUAAAUGUUCCUUUUAAAUAAUUGGGAAAAUACUUCUGGAACCAAGGCCAGAAAAAAUUGGAUUAGCAGUAUAGGACUCUAUUUGAUUACAAGUAAUCUCAGCCACUUUCUGUAUAUAAAUUCUAUUUAUAUCCGGUAGCUUACAUUUAGGCAAAAUUUGCUAGUUAGUUUGUAUUUUCCAAUUUAAUUAGAUCCAAAAGAAGCUAAAGCAUUCUAUGUUGUGAAUUGCUGCAGACACUAAACAGUGGUCUGGGGCAGAUCAUAGGGAGAGCAGUGACAGAGAUUACUUCCUAGCUCGACAUUCACUAUUAAUUUUACAAACAGAGAAUAUAUUGACAUAAGUUAGCCAACAUAGGAAAUAUAAAGUCUUGAAAAACUGCUUGGCCAAUCGCAUUUGAGGACAAAUACUGACUGCUGUAUAACCCAAUUGAAAAAAGUGACAGCAUUUUGGUUCUUGGAGAAACAGGAAAACGAGCCAUUGUUAUUGCCAAUGUUGGAUAGCCUUCCUUCAGUAGCGUUUAUUUCAUUGUGUAGUAAUUGUGUCCAAGUUAAACACUGUUUUAAAGCAAGUUUGGUAAUAGAGAUGCUGAUGCUCAGGAAUGGAAUACAAAGGAGGAAAAAUACACUGUGCAAAAUUUCCCAUGUUGACAUUUUAAUCAUUAAGUGUCUUUUAUAAAUCAGUGUGGGCUGAGCAAGAUGUAUAAUUAGCUCAAUAUAAUGUACGAAUAAACAAGUAUUUUCCAAUCAGUGCACUGAGUUAUUAAACUAGCACCAUAUUUUGAUUAGAACUUUUUAACGGUUAGUUAG